GCUGCGGCUAGAGUCAGAGUGCCGCGACCAGUUCCAGCGCUUCCUGGAGUGGGCGUGCCAGCAGCAGCUCCGCGGCCAGCGGUCGUCCGAUGCCGAGAGCGCCGUGGUGGAGAUGCCGAACCAGACGCAUUGCGGCGGCUGGGCGUCGAACGCGGCUUCGAGGGCACGCCUGCCCUUGUCGAAGGCUGCGGCGCGCCUUGUGGCCGAGCUGCUGAUGGACCAGGGGGGCUGUCUCGUCGGCGCGGCCGCCCUCUUCGCCUGCGCCCGCUACUUGAGGCUGGGCGGGCUCUUGAGGAUCCGCGAGGGCGAUCUGGCGCCGCCUGCGGGCUCGGAGCGCGCGCUGAGGAAGAAGUGGAGCAUCGCCCUCCACCCCCAGGAGCCGGCGGAGAUGUCCGAGGCAGGUGUUGGGGGCGAGACCAUCCUGAUCGUCGCCGUAGACCCCUUCAAGUUCGUGGAGAGGGUGACGGCGCGGCUCCGCGGGAGCGGAAGCGCCGCCCAGGUGUUUCCCGUCGCCUACCGCGAGUGGGCCGUGGCGCCCGAGACGGUUGCCGAGGCCGUGGGCCUCAUCGGCGAGGCGACGCCUGUGCUGUGCGCGCCGAGACACGGCACGGCAUCCCACGACGCGAUGACGGGCGCCCGCGACGCCAGGGCGAUCCAGGACCGAGGGCGCGUGAACCAGGUGCUGCGGCCGCCGCCCGCCAGCGAGGCGAGGGCGGCCGCCGCCGCCGAGCAGACGACUUCCGCGUGGCUCCUGCCGAGUUGA